AUGGCCGGGGAUGGCUCUCCGACAGGCUUUGCGGAGUUUGCCCGCAAGGGCGGCAAGAUGGAUGCUGAUGUUGGCUGCUUCUUCAACCAAUGUGGGAAGCAAACAAAGGAGUGCUUUGUUGAAGAUGGCCGAUGCCUGAAAGGUGCUACGUGCCUUGCCAGAUGCCGGGGCGACUCAGACUGUUCCACACAGUGUUUUGCAGAGUUUGGCUGUCCCAGGCUGGACGCCUGGCUGAACUGCACAGUUGAGAAACAGCAAUGUGUCAGCGUUCCCGCGGGAACCUAUGAUGUGCGGAAGUUCUAUGCGGAGCAGGUGCCAACCAAGCUCAAGGACUUCGAUGUCCGGAAGCUGGAGGGCAAAUGGUACAAAGUCCGCGGCUACAACAAGAAGUAUGACUGCUACCCAUGCCAGACAAAUAAGUUCAAGUACAACCCUUCAGACAACACGAUGGAAACUGAAGUGUCGCUUCGGCUUGCGAGGCUGAAGUCUGGUGGGUACUGGGAAAACACACUGACAGAAAAGAUGGAUGUCCAAGCUCCAGACGACCGCAGUACCUUGUUUGCCAAAGGCGAAAUCUUCGGACUCUCCUUCCAAGAGGAGUGGUACGUGUUGGCCGCCGAUGAAGAUUUCGUGCUGACGGCAUAUACGGGCAACAACCUGCAGGACGCCUACAGAGGUGGCUUCGUCUAUGCGAAAACGCCCACGCUUUCUGCUCAAGCAGAGGCCAAAGUUAGGGCGGCAGCCGAAAAGAACGGAUUUGACUGGUCGAAGUUCUGCGUCAUUGACAAUGCUUGCCCGGCGCAGCCGCCUGUCGACUACACGCCUGUAUCCAUGAACAUGGAUGAUGUGCAGGACCUCUUUGAAUGGUUCGCACCAGGAUCCACGCGUGGCGGCACAGUUAAGGACGCCAAUUUCAAUGGCGAGUACUGA